UGCUUGCAGGAUCCCUUUUUGCACUUGACUGGCCCUUCUCGUGCAAUUAUGUCUGGGGGCAUAAUGGAACCCGCAGUUACGAUUGAAGUCCACCUAAAACUUAAGGGCACGGUGGAGUCUAAAGAUAGAACAUUGAUCAGUAAGGCCUUCCUUUAUGAUGAAAAAGAUCUUGAUAGUGCUGAUAUGAUUUCUACGCGUGUCCUCCAGGGCCUUUGUGAAAUAGAGCUAUGCUGUGAGCAGCUUGAACAUUCACACCAAGCCACUAUCCUCGGUGUCCGUGUUGUACGGGGCUCAUUGGCUUGUGGCAAUGGCAUCAAGAUUGUUUGCUCCGUACUACCUGAGGACAAAACCGAAGGCGGUGGUAAGCGCCCAUCUGGGUGUAUUUUGCUGCUUGAUUCACAAGCUGGAGAUAUGCCUGUGGGUGAAGAGGGUUAUCUGGAUCUGUCGAGGCAAGUUGUAUCUGUGAAAUCAAGAGGAAGGCUAGAAAUUCUCGUGCAGGCUGGAGAAAUCAGUGGAAGUGUCGUCUUUCCAAUCAAAUUCAGCAACAUAAGUGAAGAAAGUUGUGAGCCUGGUGAUUGUAAAGUGGAGAUAACCGUUGCUUGGUCCUUGCUCGUUGAAAACCAGUAUGAUAUCUCGGUGAUGGGAGCUAUACAGCCUUACGCAUGGGAAUCAAUUCCACGUAGGCCGAUCAUGAAGCUUGUUGACGCUUGUUGAAGAGGUUCACUUCGUGAAGAUGGCAUUCUAGCUAGUUGUACUUAGUGUAGUAGUAAUCUGAAAAGGUAUAUAUGGGCAACACAAGGCAGCGUCAGAUGCUGGUUCAGUUUCUCCCUCAAAAAAAAAAGAAAAAAGAAAAAAAAUGCUGGUUCAGUUUCUGAAUGUAUUUUUUUGGCAAAGCAGAGAUGAUCACCGUGCAAGCUGAUAGUACAAGCAGUAUAAUCCUGGAUGCGAUUCGGGUUUGACAGGAAGAAUAGGGACCAUGAAAAACACCCACACGCAAUUUUAUUUUUUUGUAAACUACAUGAUUUUAGUACAUUGGACAAUAUUAUUGUAAAAUGUCAAGAACAUUUUUCUAACACAUGAUGACAGCUUUUUCAUGUCUGAACAUUUCUUCAAAUGAAUGUUAAACAUUUUUAAAAUACACGUAACAUAUUUUGAAUCGUAUGAGACCUUUUAUAUAUUUGUCGGACUACUUUUACAUAUUAACA